GCUUUAACCAAAAAAAAAAAAGGUAUUCUUUUGGUGAAAAAAAAGCCUAAGCCACGAUUUUUUUAAAAAAAAAACUUGCAUAAGCCGUGAAGAUAGCCACGGCAGAGCGAGUAUGGAAGUUUUGUACGCGCGAGAGUGGGGGUUAAUAAAUAUACGAGCAGUUUGCUUCCCUCGCAAGAAAUUUUCUGUGCUCUCCCUCUCUUGGAGCGACAGAGACAAGUUUUUUGUGUUCUAGGGUUUGUCUUGGACCAGUUUGGAUCUUCUUCUUCCUCGUACAGACACACCAAUCGUGGGACUUUUGCUUCGGUGAGGUUGAUCGAUCUCUGCAGUUUCUUCUUUAUCUGUGUCUGUCUUUUACUUUCUCCUGUUUCUUCGUGAAGCCUUUACAUUUUCUCGGGAAAGUGAAGGAAAAUCUCUGCCUUUUCCCCUUUUAGGACAAAAAUGUUUUUUUUUCUGGUCACCUGAUCCUUUUCCGUUUCCCGCUCAAUAACUGGAACUUCAGGAUUUUUCUUUUCAUUGUUCCCGAGAACGUUAGGGUUUUUUUCUCUCGUGGUUUCGAGCUUUGGGUUUACUCUGUUUGGCUCUAACGAAUCAGUGAUUAAACAGGAACAAGAACUGAAGCUUCGUCUUAACUUGUCUUGUUAGUGUCCUUGGUGGUCAACAUGACGAGUUCAGACCAUGGCCUAAGCUUCUGUCCUAAGAAGUCCCGAAAUUUUCAGAGCCUUUGUGUUUGUAAUGUCUGCGGAAAAGAGUUCCAGUCUCCAAAAUCUCUGUAUGGUCACACGAGGAUCCAUUCUAAUAGAUUGAUUCCAUGCAAAGUUUGCGGGGAAGAGUUCUCUUCCGUGAAAUGUCUGAUCAAUCACAUGGUCUUGCACCGGGUUUUGGUUCCUGAUGAGCCCAGGAUUUGUUCGAUUGCUGAGAAGAGUUUCGAGGAGACAAAAUCCUUAAAUCUGGUAAUGGGAGAUGGAUCUCUCAUGAACAAGUCUUCCUGUGUUACUGAGAUUGAGCAAGAAGAGAUGGAAGAAGUUGCCAUGAGUUUGAUCAUGCUGUCUGAAGGUCUUCACGACCUGGAUUCUUCCGGAAAUGUUUCUCGGGGCGAUGAAUCUGUCGCCUUGGAGGUGAAAUCAUGGAAUUCGAAGAGAGUGGAGAGUGAAGAACAUUGCUCUUUCGAUUCCCCAACUCUUUAUAAUAAUCACGACAAGAUCAAACCUGGAAUGGAUGAACCUCUAAUGGAUAGUUCUGAGGUGAAGCUGAAGUCCAGUGGAUUGCAGACUCAUUCGGGUUACAUCAAGUCUAGUUCUUACACGAUGCUUUCUUCUUCUUCUACGAGUGACAGAUCGAAGAAAAAAUCACUAAAGAAAUCUGGAUAUAGAUGCAAAACAUGCCACAAGGUUUUCAGCAGUUAUCAUGCUCUUGGUGGCCACCAGACCCUUCACAGAUCAGAAAGACGCCACUGCAUGUCUAAAAACCCAAACUUUGAUGGUAAUGCAUUCCCUGGUCAGAUUGUUUCUGAAGUUUGUAAGACCGGUUCUCAGAUUAACAAGGACGAGGCAGCGGAAUCGCAAGAAAAUUCUCCAGGGAACUCUGGAUAUAUAUGCAAGACAUGUGGCAAGUUUUUCAGCUGUUCUAAGUCUCUUGGGGGCCACCAGGCCCUUCACAGAUCAGAAAGCCGGCGUUUUAUGGCUAAGAAUGCGAACCUUAGAGGCAAUUCAUUGUUUGGCUCGGCUACCUCUGAAGUCGGUAAGACUGGUACUGAUACCAACCAGCAUGAAUUCGAUGAGAAUGUGACAGAACUGAGAAACAUUUGAUCGGAAAGAGCACUAGUGCUUGAUUUGUCUGAAAGCCUUUGAUACUGACCACGUUAUCGGAGUUCAUAUGGUGCAGCCUCUGACCAAAGUGUUCGAGAUUACAACAGUAAGGGACGAGAGAAUAGUGCUUUAUUAGAUUCACUGAAUCUUUGGACAAAUGGAUUAGGAUGAGCAAUGGUAAGGGCAGUCACAGGUAAUUAGAGACUGAAACCUUUGGGGAUGAUGUCGAGGUUUGGUCUUUUUGCAGUUUUUCUACUGUUUCAAGUUUUACAUUAGUUAAAAGGAUGCAUACAUGAAGACACCAGCUUUGUUCUUGUCUGAAACACUGAUUUUUCCUGUUGUUUCUGAAAAUUCUUUGCUUCAAACAUCAGUUCUCCUGUUGAUUCUCUGUUUGCUUUUGUCAAACCAUCAGAACUAAAGAAUGAUCAUUAAGUGGAUAAGUUUAUGGUAAAUCGGAUUUGUAACCUUUCCGUGUAACCCAAAAGGACAAUUCAGAGAUUUUCCCAUCCAACCGGAUCCAGUGAGACAGUAAUCGUACAGUUUUUUUUCCUUUUUGAAAAUCAAGAAGAAAAAGAUCGGAAUUUUUAUUUUUCUGUUUGGGUAGACGGAAGACCAUACGCAUUUCGAGAGUUGGAAUCCAUCUUCCAUGGAAUACACGCAAUGGCAGCAGCCGCCGGCGACGGCGACCGUGGAAGUGAACCAGAUGGCGACGGCGGCGGAAGUGAACCAACCGGCUGUCGACGCAUACUACGCUUCCUAUUACGCUCAUCACGCUCCUGUUUCCGGGCAAACACAAAACCCUGACCCUAGUUCUGGUAUCGAUCCCAAAACCCAUGAAUCAUCGGCCACUGCGACGGCGACUCCGGUGCCGGGAGCUGAUGUUUCUUACGCCUCCGGGGGAUCAUACCCAGAUUCUUCUGCGGCGGCGUAUUAUGUAUUGGAUACGAAUCAGCAGCAGAACUGGUCAUGGGGAGAAUCGGUACAGCUUUAUGGUACGGACCCUCAUGGGCAUGCAGGAGCUAUGAACAGAUCGGUACAGCCUGCAGUUGCGUAUCCCGGCUCCUCAUGGACUAACCAUUUGGUUCAGGCUCAACUUAACGGUCUAACAUCUUUGAAGAACCACUCAAAGAAGGCAAAGAUUGUUCAGUCUGCAUACUGCGAAGUUUGCAAAGUCGAUUGUAACAGCCAAAAUGUGUUCGAGCAGCAUAAGUUGGGGAAGAAGCACCAGAAGAACCUGGAAAAAAUACGAGCGUGUUCGUCGACUAACAUGAGUUCUUCUGUGGUCGGACCAAGUGUCCCGAUGAUUGGGCCGCAAGAAAAUCCGGAUAAAAGCAAAGAGGCAACCAUCCGUAAAAAUGGGAGGAAGGCAGCUGAAUCCAUUGAAGAUCUGGAAACAAAGAGAAGAAAAGUUGUGGAAUGCGGUGCUGCAGUUGAGGCAAUUAGGUUGUGUACGAUAUGCAAUGUUGUUUGUAAUAGCGAUAAGGUUUUCCGUAAGCAUUUAGCUGGACAGAAGCAUGCCGCCAUGGCACUAAAGCUCACGGGUCAAACCGGGGUAGCCCCUGUCAACUAAAACGAGAUCAUUUGAGAAGCUGUUGGGAAGAAAGUGUGGAGUUUUCACAGGGCGAAAGCCUCUCAUGGAGGCAGGUUCCGCCAUUGUACAUAUAUAUAGAGAGAUUUAUCUUCACAUUUGUUGCAAUGAUCAUUUCAAGGUUAAGAGAUUGGGACGAUGAAGAAAAGCAUAUAAAACUGAAAUUUUAUUUCUUA